CUCCCUCUCCCAAUCCACGCGUCCCCUUUCCCAGCAAAAGCUUCCACAAGAAUCACUUCCCUCGACAAUGGCGUCGCCGCCGGAGGCCGCCCUCACCGACUACGAGCGCCGCCGGGAGGAGAACAUCCGGCGCAACGACGCCAUCCUCGCCUCCCUCCGCCGCAAGGCCGCCGACCUCUCCGCCGCCAUCCAGUCCUCCUCCUCCUCGAAGCGCCCCAAGAAGCAGCAGCCCCGCGCGAGCCCCGCCGCCGCCGCGCCGGGCAGCCCCGUCGUCCUCCGCCGCUCCCUCCGCACCAGGGGCCUCCCUCCCUCCGGCUCCUCCUCCGCCGCCUCCCCGCCCGCUCAAGCGCCCGCGUCUCCUCCGGCGGCGCCGCGCAGCACCCGGUUCUCCUCCUCCCUCGCGUCCGCCAUCCUCGCGGCGGCCUCGCCUGGGUCGCCUCCCGUCCGCGACGACGGCUUCGAUGCCGGGGCGGAGCUGGUGCUGCGGCCCUCGCACGUGAGGAGGGUGGUGCCGGACAGGAUACUGUCGGUGCGGAUACUGCCGCUGGUGGACCGGACCGUGGUGGCGGCGGGGAACAAGCUCGGGAAUGUUGGGUUCUGGGACGUGGAUGAGGAUGGCGACGGUGCAGACGGGGUGUUUGAGUAUUUGCCUCACAGGGGCCCUGUGGGCGCAAUCGUCGCUCACCCAGCUAUGCCGCAGAAGAUUUACAGCUGUAGCUAUGGGGGUGAAAUUUGUCUGAUGGACGUUGAGAAAGAGAACUUUAAUAUGAUUCAUCUGACUGACUAUCCUAUUUUCUCACUUUGUCAAGCGCCAAAUAGCCCCAGCUGCCUAUAUUUUGGUGAAGGAAAUGAUCUGAAACUUUUUGAUGAGAGGAUGGGUAAGGUGUCAGUCACAUGGAAUUCACAUGAUAAUAGAAUCAACUCGAUUGAUUUUCAUCCAGAGAACACAUCCAUGCUUGCCACGAGUUCAACUGAUGGAACUGCUCGUAUUUGGGAUUUGAGAACCAUGAAAGAGAAGGAAGCAGAGAGCUUGAAGGUCCUUGAACAUGGGAGAUCUGUUCAGUCGGCUUAUUUUUCACCUAGUGGCCGCAUGGUUGCAACUACAAGCCUUGAUGAUACUGUCCGAAUUUUUAGUGUGGAUAACUUUGACAACUCGGACAUAAUGAAGCAUAAUAACAAGACCGGGAGAUGGCUUUCUACAUUCAAGGCGAUCUGGGGCUGGAAUGACACUGACCUGUUUAUUGGAAACAUGGGGCGGGCAAUAGACAUUAUCUCAGUUGAUCUGAAUGACCGCAGCCUCUCAGCCACGAAGAAAGCAUGUCUGGAGAGCGAACACAUGACGGCCAUCCCAUGCCGGUUCUCUGCGCACCCAUAUAAGGUUGGCCAUCUUGCUUGUGCAAGCUCCGGUGGGAAGGUGUUCCUUUGGACCAGAGUAUGAAGCAACAUGAUCUCCAGUGGUUGGUUGAUUCUGUUGGCAAGGUGUUACUUGGAGCAUAGCAUGAAGCAGCAUGAUCUCUUGUGAGUUGUGACCUCCAGUGGCUGGUUGUUUUGGGCUUUUGGCUCAGCUUGGUAAGGUGUUGAUUUUGACAGUUGCAACACCUAAGUCUUGCUUCAUGCCCUCAUAAUGAAAUAUAUUUAGCAGUAGUUACUGUAUGUUUGCGACUUAUUCUGCCUUUUGAAGCUCUUCGAGCUUUUUCAUGUAUCCCUCUAGAGAAAGUUGGCUUGGUACGAUUGGAAGCUAUGGAUAUAGUGAUAGUAUAGUACGUAUUGUUCCUUCAAAGUUGGUGUCAAUGAUUUCAUUGUUGUUUAACAAUACAGAAGCGAAAUA